CUGAAGUUGAAACACACAUUUACCGUCAGACGUCCUGAUGGUAUCAGCUGUGUGAUUGUGUGUCCUCACGACGAUAGACAUACAAGACUCGCACACACCCAUCUGGUUUCCAUCAGCGGAAGAGGACAGUCGACAUCAGCAGCUCUGAGAUCAGUUAAUACUUACAGGCUGCUGAGCCUCACAGCACUGAUCCCACUAAGACUACUACUGCAAGAGUAUUGCUACAGGAGGAAGAAGAAGCAGAAGAAGAAGAAGAAGAAGAAGAAGCAGAAGACGAUGGGGUUAUUAUUUGGGACUCUGGUCUUGGUCUCUCUGCUGCCGUCCGUCUGCAGCUUCUCUCCAGAUUCUCAUCCUGCAGACGAAUGCCGCAACAUGUCCAUCUUUCUGCGGGCGUUCAGGCUGAAGCGGACCUGUAACUUCACGACUCUGGAGGAGAAGCAGCUGAAGGAGAUCCAGGCUCCGAUCACCAACCUGUAUCUGCCGGUCCUGUACCUGCUGGCCUUCUGUGUGGGUCUGCCCUCCAACCUGCUGGCUCUCUGGGUCCUGCUGUUCAGGACCAAACGGCUGCCGUCCACCGUGCUGCUCAUCAACCUCACCGCUGUGGACUUCCUGCUGCUGCUGGUCCUGCCGUUCCGCAUCGGGUACCACUUCCGAGGAAACCACUGGGCGCUGGGCGAGCCCUUCUGCCGCGUCGUCAUGGCCAUGUUCUACGGCAACAUGUACGGGUCCGUACUGUGUCUGGCGCUGGUGGCUCUGGACCGGUACAUUGCUUUGGUUCACCCGUUUAGCAGCAUGACGCUGCGCAGCUGGCGGGCGUCUCUGUACAUGUCGGCGGCGGUGUGGGUGGUGGUGCCGGCCGCCAUGCUGCCGCUGCUGGUGUCACGGCAGACCUACGAGCUGGAUGAGCUGCAGAUCACCACCUGCCACGACGCGCUGCCCGAGGAGGCGCAGGAGAACUACUUCCUGCCCUACUUUGUCACCUUGUUCACUCUCUGCUUCUUGCUGCCCUUCCUGGUCGUGCUGUUCUGCCACGGCGCCGUGCUGCGCGCCCUGAUGAACGGAGGGAAGCAGUACAGACACGCCGUCUGGGUGACGGUGUUGGUGCUGCUGGUCUUCAUCGUGUGUCUGCUGCCCAGCAACAUACUCCUCCUCCUCACCUACGCAGACAGAGAUGGCGAGGACCUCUACAUGCCCUACAUGGUUAGCUUAGCGUUAAGCGCCUUCAACAGCUGCAUCGACCCCUUCAUCUUCUACUUCGUGUCGGUAGAGUUCAGAGAGAAUGCCAGGAGCGCUCUGUGCUGCCACGGCGACCCCGAGGACCAGACUCUGGGGAACGUGUCGUGCUCUUCAUCAUUACCGGGCCUGAGGUCAAAGGUCACCCUGACGUCCAGGACGGUCAUCGUCUGAGACGUCGCUGUCAGAACCACGCUACCUGUCCACACGACUAACUGAUGGUCACAUGACCGCUGUCAUCAUCACAGAUGUCACUCAAACAUGUUUAACGUUGUACUGAAACAUGCUGAUAUGAAGGUA